GCUGGACUGUCGAGUCUCCUUUAAAAGUUCUGGACAAGUCGCCCCUGAGCUGAAUUUGGACAGGGCCCAAAACCAAAAACUACAACUCCCGGCGUCCCACGGUGACACACAACAACAAACGAGAGGCAGGCGGCAGCUGGGAGAGAAGGAGACAGACAGGCUGCGUAGAGAGAGUGAAGAGAGAGAGAGACAGGGAGAGUUUCUUCCUCCUCCUCAUCAAUGGGGCUUGUCACCGCGGCGCAGGAGGAGAACUGACGGGAGGAAUCCGCUCAAAAUGGCUAAAAACCAGGAAGUGGAGCGCAUCGCCAAAAAGCUGGAUAAAAUGGUGCACAAGAAGAACACGGACGGAGCUCUCGACCUGCUGAGGGAGCUGAAGAACAUCAAGAUGUCUCUGGAGACCCUGCAGUCGACCAGAGUCGGGAUGUCGGUGAACGCGGUGAGGAAACAGAGUUCAGAUGAAGAAGUUCAGACCUUGGCCAAGGCUCUCAUUAAAUCCUGGAAGAAACUGCUGGACGGUUCAGAGGAGAAGGAGAAGAAGAAGGAAGGCUCUCCUGUGAGGUCAUCGUCCACCUCCAAGGACUCUGGCAGCAGCGAGAAAAGCAGUAAGAAGCCCGGGGGGUCCCCCACCACCCUAACCACACCCACCACGCCCAUCACACCCACCACCCCCACCACCCCUACUACGCCAACCCUCCCCCCUCGGGUCACCUCCUUCCCCCCCGCCCCCGUCACCACCGACAGUGUGCGGAACAAGUGUCGAGAACUGCUGGUGGCAGCGCUGCAAACUGAUGAUGACCACCGGACCAUUGGAGUCGACUGUGAGCACCUUGCAGCGCAAAUUGAAGAGGAGAUCUUCCAGGAGUUUAAGUCGACAGAUAUUAAAUACAAAACCCGUCUACGAAGCCGCAUCUCCAACCUCAAGGACCAGAAGAAUCCAGACCUGCGGCGCAAUGUCCUGUGUGGGAACAUCUCGCCUCAACGCAUCGCCAGCAUGACUGCUGAGGAGAUGGCGAGUGCAGAGCUGAAGCAGAUCAGAGAGGCUCUGACCAAAGAGUCCAUCAGAGAGCAUCAGCUGUCGAAGGUCGGAGGAACCGAGACGGACAUGUUCAUCUGCAACAAGUGUCAUGGAAAGAGCUGCUCAUACACCCAGGUGCAGACCCGCAGUGCUGAUGAGCCCAUGACCACCUUUGUGUUGUGUAACAGCUGCGGCAACCGAUGGAAGUUCUGUUGAAGAAGACGUGUGUGUGUGUGUGUGUGUGUGUGUGUGUGUGUGUGUGUGUGUGUGUGUGUGUGUGUGUGUGUGUGUGUGUGUGUGUGUGUGUGUGUGUGUGUGUGUGUGUGUGUGUGUGUGUUAUUCUAUCAUGAAGCAAACUGACUAAAGUGAAUUGAAUGUGGAUUUAAAAAAUGAAUAUAGUUUUUUCUUUAUUUUGUAUAAUUUCUUUUUAUAUAUAUAUAUAUAAAAGCUGUAAUAUAUUUAGAGACAAAUGUGCCAGUUCUUGUUGUCAAUCGGUUAAAUUUGUUUUGUAUGGAGCACUUAGAGUUUAUUUCUUAUUAUAGAUGAAGCUUUAAGCCAGAUUGAAAUCACAUUUAGGCGUUGUGGAAACAGUGGAUGUGCCUUUCUUUGCCAUGUUGUGCUGCCACAUAUUUUGCCCUUAACAUUUAUAUUAAAGUUGCUCUUGGAUUAAGACGAUGAA